UUCACACUCUGAAGGAGAUCAGUGUGACUUCUGAGUGAUUGUGUGUGGGAAUGUCGUGGCCCGGACUGUGUGUCUGUCAAUGAACGGAGCUGUGAGUCCAUCCACACUGUCACGAUGUGGAGACCCGCACUCACGCUGGCCCCAGCGGCGGGACUCGGACCCCGCGCUGCUGCUGCUGCCGCCGCCGUCACCUGCCUGCUCGUGACCGGGAUGCUCGUCUUUACUGUGGGUCACCCGAGCAGCGGAGAGCCGGGGGAGCGUCCAGCUGAGGACGCGCGCGGGAAAGCUUUCUCCGCGUAUUUCAGGAAACUGACCAGGGAGAGGAGAGCAAUGAGCGGCCCCCCGCGGAGCAGUGCUCCCCCCGGGCCCGUGGAGCGUCUGACCCCCGCUGACCUGUUCAUCGGAGUAAAAACAACCGGCAGGUAUCACCGGCAGAGACUGGAGCUGCUGCUGGACACCUGGAUCUCCAGAAACAUGCACCAGACGUAUGUGUUCACUGAUGGAGAGGACAAAGACCUGAGGAAAAGGAUGGGAGAUCACCUGAUCAAUACUAACUGUUCAGCGGCACACAAUCGUCAGGCCCUGUCCUGUAAAAUGGCUCUGGAGUACGACACAUUUAUCACCUCUGGAAAGAAGUGGUUCUGUCACGUGGACGAUGAUAACUACGUGAACGUGGUGUCCCUCCUGAAGCUCUUGUCUCAGUACAGUCACACAGAGGACGUUUACAUCGGCCGGCCGAGCCUCGAACGCCCGAUAGAGGCCACGGAAAAGCUCGGCACCGCUGAGAUGAGGCAGGUGCGUUUCUGGUUCGCCACAGGCGGAGCAGGGUUCUGUCUGAGCCGUGGCCUCGCUCUCAAGAUGAAACCCUGGGCGAGUGACGGCACUUUCAUGACAACAGCUGAGCUCAUUCGCCUCCCCGACGACUGCACUGUGGGCUACAUCGUGGAGGCACUGCUCGGUGUCAGCCUCAUCCGGUCAGCUCUGUUCCACUCUCACCUGGAGAACCUGGGACUGGUGUCAGACAUACACAGCCAGGUUACCCUCAGCCACGGCACUGUGGAAAACAACAGAAACACUGUCAAUGUGAAUGGCCCGUUGUCCCUUAAUGAAGACCCUACAAGGUUCAGGUCUGUCCAUUGUCUGUUGUACCCAGACACUCCUUGGUGUCCCAGCCCCUGGCGACAUUAACAGCCAUCCAGAGACAGACGGUGGGCGACAGAGUCAGUGUUUGAAAGGAAGGAUAAAGAGAUGAAGUCCCACUGCUGCCCUUCGCUGACUCUUCAAGUACUGUUGCAUUACUUUGACCCUGAACUCCUGGGUUGACCUUGUGGUGAAUUGUUCCUUCGUGUGACUUAAAGCUAAGGCUGUCACAGCUGCCUGAUCUCAUUGUUCAGCUUCAGUUGUCCUUGUCCCGUCAGCUUCAACUGCAUUCUGUGUUUUAUUUUUGCCCAUCGUUUUAUCAGGUAUAAUAACUUCGCUGCUGAGAGGCGGGAACACGGCACCAAAACAUGUGACUGGGCAAUCGGCAUGAUCGCAACGACUAAGAUCUACCUUGUUGAUCCAUUUCAAAUGUGCAGGCAGAGGAUUUUGAUGCCUUGAACAGGUUUCAUUUUUUAAAAUGAGAUAAUAUAAGCUGUUUGAUUUAUUAUUACGAUAAGAACUAAAACAUGCUCUGAGAGCACAAACAUCCAAGAACACUUAAAAGCUAAUAUUAAUGAGAGUGUGAGGGGAAAAUAAUCCUGUAUCCACCUUCUCAAUUGAAUCUGCUCCAUCAUUUGAUUGAGUGGCAACCUGUCCAGGGUGUGCCCCGCCUUUUGCCCUUUGUCAGCUGGGAUUGGCACCAGCAACCCUCAUGCUGAGUGAUGCCUCGCCUCUCUACAAAAUGUCAGGGAAAUCAGAUUUGAGGAUUUCAAAUGAGGAAGACAAAUGGCACCAAACACAAAACACACGGAAACUAAUCCAAUGAGACAAAGGUUGUAAUGAAGAGGGAUUAUUCAAGUUGAAGUAAAUGGACUUUAGGUCCAGCAGAUCCAGUCUGGAUAUGUCAAUUCUGGACCAAAGGUCAGAAUCAGCAAAAGAAAUGAAAGGAGAUAGAUUUAAGUUUAUCUCUUCCCCCCACACACACACACACACACGUGUUCAUUGUUCCCCUCUCUUCUGAAUGUCAGUGAAUAUUGUUCUGCUUCUUCACUCCGCUGCACCUCCUCACGCUCCGGUGUUGACAGCGUUUGAGUCGGUGCAUGUGGCUGCAGCUGUGACGCAAACACAGAAGCACGGAUGUAUCUGAAGUUUGAUCUCAUCAGUGUUCAGUAUUAUCCUCCCUCUGAAGUAUGAUAUCGUAACUCUAUGACUGAGCACUUUCAUUUCUGCUGAUUGCAGACCAUGUUUUGAUAAAAGAAGGAAAUGUGCUUAUUUUGCUUCUUCUUCUUUAUAGACAAAAUAUAAACACCGCUCACGUCUGAGUGCUGCCUCCUCUGGUCAAAAUAACUCACAUUUACACAUAUAAAAGUGGGUGUGUCAAUGAAUGCUACCCACUGAAGCCGUCACAGUUUGGUAAAAAAAAUUCAGACUUACCAUAGUCACCUUAAAAUAAAUGUUCAUUAAUCAGAUUUGGAUGCACAGUAUUCAUGCUAGAUUAAGCUAAUAAGCACAUUUCCUAAAACUUCCUUUAACAGCUCUGUGUGGACCAGUUUUCUAUGGAAGUUCUUCCAUAGAAAACAAUGGAUAUCACCUGUAUUUAUCCAUUUACGGUUAGAUGACUGAUGUUUUUUGAAGGUUACAGUUGUGUAAAAAGGACAUUUGCCCCCUUUUAUUGAGAACUGACUCAUGUUGAGUCGUCUUCUGUAUUUUCUGUGCAUUGGAAGCAGCUGAUGUUGUAACUGAAUGAAGGUUAUUGAGUUAAAUAUUCAGUCCCAUGUUAAAUGAAUGUAUAUGAUGAUUUUUUUUUUUUUUGCUUCUGAAGCGUUUAUGUGCUCUCUCCAGUAUCUGGACCGUCUGAGGACGUUAUGGCUGAAGUCAAUAAAGUUUUUGGUCAAAUA